CGGGACACCGCCGGAAGGGAAGGCUCGGCCCGGCCCCGCGGGUUAGACGCUCUGCGCCGGUAACAACCGCUGGAGGGCGGCGGGUUCCUCCCCGUGGGCCGUGGCUGGGGCGUGGUUUCCCUCCGGGGCAGCCCGGCCCUGGCCGGGGCUGAGCGCGGUGCUGAGGCGCCGGGCCAAGGCCCGCCUGUCGCUGGGGCUGGUCGGGGAGAGCGCGCCUCGAGCCCGCUGUCCUUCCCGGGAGGGGUGAGGCCUGCGUCUCGGGGUGCACUUGGUCACGGCCCUAAAGCAAGUGUCGGCUUAUGGUCACCAUGGCUGCAGUGGAUCAUUUCCACCUCUUGUACAGAGAGAUCAGUCGUUCCUGCAAUUUUUACAUAGAGGCCCUGGCUGUAGUUGGAGCUUGGUACACAAUCAGGAAGUGUAUGUCCCUUGCGGUUGACACUUACAGCAUGCUUAGGUUGCAUGUAAUUCCAAAGCUGGGUGGCGAGAUUGAUCUUGUCAAGCGCUAUGGAAAAUGGGCCGUGGUCACUGGUAGCACAGAUGGUGUUGGGAAGGCAUAUGCUGAAGAACUAGCGAAGCGUGGUGUGAACAUUAUCUUAAUCAGCCGAAACAAAGAGAAGCUGGAGGCUGUAUCUAAAAGCAUAUCUGAAACCUAUAAAGUGGAAACAGAUUUCAUAGUAGCUGACUUCAGCAAGGGUCGUGAGCCUUACCCAGCCAUUAAGGAGGCUCUGAAAGACAGAGAAAUUGGGAUUUUGGUUAAUAAUGUAGGAAUGUUUUAUUCCUACCCGGACUAUUUUACCAAUCUGUCUGAGGAUAUACUGUGGGACAUGAUCAACGUAAAUAUUGCUUCUGCUAACAUGAUGACACAUAUUGUGCUGCCAGGCAUGCUAGAGAAGAAGAAGGGUGCAAUUGUGAAUGUUUCUUCUGGAUCCUGUUGUCAGCCAACACCAAUGUUGACGAUCUAUGGUGCUUCUAAAACCUACCUGGACUAUUUCAGUAGAGCACUACAUCAUGAGUGUGCCUCAAAAGGAAUUUUUGUUCAGAGUUUAACUCCAUUUGUCAUUUCUACUAAAAUGACAACACUCAGUGGCAUGGCAGCAAAGAGAUCUUUCUUUUUUCCUUCUGCUGAAGAAUAUGCAAGUCAUGCUAUUUCUACUCUUGGGUUAUCCACAAGGACUACUGGUUACUGGAAGCAUGCAAUAAAGUUCACGUUGGGUGAGCGCCUGCCUGAAUGGAUCUGGGCAUGGUUUUCAUUGUAUAUUUUCAGAAUUACACGCAAGGAAGCUUUAACACACGAAGUGAAAUAGGAGUAUUCAGAUGUCCUGUGGAACGAGUACUAUCUAUUCUGAUCAGAGUGCUGCAAAAAUGUUUAGUGAAUGCUGGUGGGCUUACUGUAACUUACCCAUACCUUGCUGCAUGUAACCUAGACAUCAGAAGGCUGGAUCCUCUCUGCAUUGUUGCAUUAAACCGCUCUUCUGCUGCUUUCUACUGUGAUAGAGAGCUAAUCUUGUUGAGGUUAACGUCUGUUCACUUUCUCUUCAAGGUUGUUGGGCAGUUGUCUCUUGCCUCUACAUGAUGUCAGCUUGCAAAGUUGACACAAUUUGAGAAUUCUCCAAAUGUGUUAGAAAUGGGCCCCCCAAAACAUGACACUGUUCAAAAAGACAAUCCCUGUCAACUGUAUUAAGUUUCCUUAAUAUGUAGUUUUGCAAACUUUUCUGUCUUCUAAUGGUAGAUGUUUGUAUGUUUUAAGUGCAAAUGUUGUUGCUUUUGAAUGAUGUUAUUUAAGGAACUUCUAAAGGUGCAUGGCAAGAAACUGUUAUCCUGGAGAUUGUUUAAAUGAUUGAAAAGGUUUUACAGAGCUGUAAAGGAAUUUGAAGGUAAGCUUGUAUGCUUGCUUAUUCAAAGUGUCAGUGAUCUUGAUAAUACUUUAAAUACUGCUUCAGCAAUCUGAAAUACAGCUGGAGUAUUGAAUAAAGAAUAUAAAAAUAUAAAAACAUA